UACACCCAGCUUAUAUCACGGUGGUUUGUGUGCUUCGCCGCAUUUUUGAGGAAUUAAUGUGAAAAUAAGUAAAUAGUCCAGAAGUGAUUGGUCCUUACAGAUCAAAACACAGCAAAAUAUGUAUUUAAACAAUUUGUAUCGAUGUGGUAGGGCAAAACUGUCGUUUUCUAAAUUCACCGAUUCACAAGUGCUAUCAACAAAGCUGGUGCGCAAUUGUUCCACAAAAAUAAUACAAAACGAAACAUCUCCCCUCAAGCCAGCAGAGCCCGAAACCGCCGAUCAAAUUGCUUCGUGGCACACAAUCUAUCACUUUCCCGGUAUAAGGCUCGCAGCGUCCAUCAAGCGGUUGCGCAUGUACCCGAUUGGUUUGACAGCGUUAUCCGUACCGGCGUCUAUCGGACUUGCUUAUGCUGAGGUUUGUUCUAACGUGACAGCGCAGGUGUGUGGUUCGGUAGGGCUAGCGACAACUUUAACCCUACUACUGUUUAGCUUUGCUACAAAUAAUCUGGUUGGCUUCGUGUACACUGAUGAAAGAUCCGGGAAAGUGAAAAUUUCAUACGUGGACUUUCAUGGCAAACGUCAAAAUCGAGUAUAUCCUGUUGAUAGCAUCGUGCCACGAACAGAGCUCGGGCGGUCCAUACUUAAAUUUUACUUUCCAGUAAAAACUCAUGAUGAUGGCAAGAUCUAUAAAUUAAUUCAUCGGUAUGGUGAAAUAUACGACGAACAGGCAUUUUUAGCAGUAUUUGGAAAAGAAUGAUAGCAGUUUGUGAAUUAGGUUUUCCGAAUAAAUAUUGAAAUACAUAAUAUUUGACUUUA